ACAAUUGAGAUUAGUGUGAUCGUGUAAACAACACUGGUUUUCACGAGUUGUUUAUCACUUUACACGUAACUAAAGAGAUGCAGAGGCUUGUUGUUCUCUCUGUCUCUGAAUUUAAAUGAACGACGCAAGAUUUGGUCGCCGUUAGCUCAGCUAGAAAUAUUACCUUUUCUGAGGAACAUUUAUGCCAAUCGUGACCAGAAACCAGUAGCGGUGUAAGAUGAUGUUGUUAUAUUGUGACUGAAGGUGAGACCCGCGAAGCAACGCUUACCAUGCCGACAAACACCACCACUUAUCUGAAUGCAACGAGGGCAUCGCUUAUCGUGGAGUCGCUGUUUUUCGUGGUGUUAAGUCUGAUCAUUUUGGCAGGAAAUUCUCUUGUCUGUACAGCGAUUUACAAGAAUCGCAAGCUCCGAACAAAGACAAACUACUAUUUGGUUUCGCUUGCGGUGGCCGAUAUCAUGGUUGGACUUGCUUCUGUACCGUAUUGGGUGUAUUUCCGGUUAGUUAACUCUCAGACAGAUACACUUUCGUACAAAAUUUACAUCACUUAUGACAUCAUCUGUGGUACUUCAUCCAUCAUGAACCUUGUGAUGAUAAGCUUGGAGCGCUGUAUCUCCGUCACACAACCGACUAUCCAUAGAAACUUGUCACGCGAGACUAUUUGCAUGACCAUUGCUGCUGCCUGGGCAUAUGCCCUUGUGGUCGCGAGCGUCAGUCACAUAAGUGGAUCGUAUCUUGGGUGGUACCCUGUUUUUGUAAGCACUGCGAGCUUCUUUCUGCCGCUGUUUAUUAUCCUCAUUGCGUACGCUUUGAUUUAUAAAAUAGCGCAAACGAGGGAACGAGCGAGACAGUCGCGAUCACUUGCGCGGGAAAUCCGCAUCGCUGUGACUCUUGCAGUAGUUAUUGGAGCUUUCGUCGUUGCUUGGUUACCAUUCUUUGUCAUGUUGCUUGUGACGACUUACUGCAAGACGUGUAAAAUUGAUUACGCUAUAAUGGUGCCUUUUACAAAGUGGAUGCACUACAGCGGAUCUAUGGUGAACCCAAUCAUUUACACUCAUCGCAAUCGCGAUUUUCGUCACGCGUUUGCAAAAAUAUUAAUUUCAUGUGGAAUGAAGCAAAUGAGAUUUUCUUUCUCUCAAUCUCAUCCGCAUUCUAAAGCUACUCCAUUGGAAAUUGGAAACUUUCCCUCAGAUUUGAAACAGGGAUCUUUUUGUAUAUCUCGGGAGGAUAGUGAAAUUCCUGCACGAACAGCGAGGGCAAACAGCUACGUUCUGGCGCAGGAAACAAACGGUCGCGUGAGCAUUUCCGGAUACGGAGGCAAAGAAGCAAGAGCGUAACUCAUCACUUCCAUUUAAAGAAGAAUUUUUAAUGCGGGGGAAAACUACAAAAUCAAGUUCGUAAUAGUGAUGAAACUUGGUUCUGAAUCUCAAGCUCAGGGUGGAACUGAAGAUAUUUUGAUAACUUUUAAACUAUUUUAAUUAAAAUUAAAAAAACUAAAAUAAUGUAAGGGUAACUAUUCUUUUCCAUCGUUGUUUCGAAUAAUUCUGAUCAUAUUCAUUUCCAGAGAUGUUUGAGGUGAGUGUUUCAUCAUUAUACAGAGUUGUUCUCAAAGUGAUAGAAACAAGUUUGGUUCAGGCAUGUUUUUAUUUAUUCUACAAAUUACUUGUAUUUUCCGCAGGCAAAACUCUUUCUUCUCACCCGAUGAAUUUUUGUCCUGUUUUGAAAUAAAACGGUUUUUCAUAAGAUGAUUUGAAUUUUAAGGUGUUUUCGAAAGACUCGAUGUUUGAUGUUAUUGAUUCGUAAGAAGCCACCUUUUUUUAACGAGGAAAACGAAGUACAUAAAUGUACUGAUCGUUCCAAAAAAACUUUUCCAUAAUAACUUUUAAAGAAAGAACCAUGGAGCAAAUUACUAAGUGGUUUGCUUUUAUACAAAUAGUAAAGUGAUCAAGUGAAAUCCACUGUACACAUACACAUUAUUCGCGCCUUAUUUAUCUACGUCAUUCAUAACAUU